GAAAAAUAUUGUUAAAAGAACGAUCGAGUAACAAGAGGGAGAAACAAAACUAAAGAAAAGGCUUAAAUUAGGUUUUGAUACCUCUGCAAUCAGCACUUCUCCUUCAUCGAACAAGACUUGCGUACCGCUUAAACCACUCUCUUCAGACUCCAGAAAUUUUUAUUUUCUGUCUUUCUGCCAUUACAUAUGGGAGGGCACAAACAACCCAGGAAGCAGAAGAACCACCGUCCCCAACGUGGUCAACCAAGCUCCAGCUAUGACCCUUCUGUGGAGGGUAGGUCUCUCCCAUCCGAAGCUGAGUUAAAUGAAGAGAGCGAACCUAGUCCUGCAAUCCAGCUUGCUAUGUGGGAUUUUGGACAAUGUGAUGCAAAAAGGUGUACAGGACGCAAACUAGCUAGAUUUAAUUUGUUAAAAGAAUUGCGUGUGAAUGCUGGGUUUGGGGGCAUCGUUUUGAGCCCUGUUGGGACUCACUGUGUAUCAAGAGAAGACUAUCCUUUAAUCAAGCAGAGAGGAUUGGCUGUGGUGGACUGCUCAUGGCACCGGUUGACUGACGUGCCGUUUGCAAAACUCCGUUGUACAGCUCCUCGGCUAUUACCAUGGUUGGUAGCAGCAAAUCCAGUGAAUUAUGGCAGGCCAUGUGAGCUAUCUUGUGUAGAAGCGUUAGCUGCUGCAUUGUUUAUCUGUGGUGAAGAGGAAACAGCGCAGUUGUUGCUUGGGAAGUUCAAGUGGGGGCAUGCAUUCUUGUCACUCAACAAAGAGCUCCUUAAAGCUUAUUCUGAUUGCAAAGAUAGUACUGAGAUUAUUUCAGCUCAGAAUGCUUGGAUAUCCAAACAACAAAGCCUACAGGGCUCCAGUGCCCUGCAAGAUAAAGAAGAUAAAGAUGGAGCAUUUAGUGAUGAAGAGGCCAAUUCUGACGAUUCUGAUGAUGGGCUUCCGCCACUACAAAGGAAUUUAAAUCAUCUCAAGUUAGAGGAGAGUGAAGAGGAAAGUGAAUCAGAGGAGGGUGAAGAGUAAAGGUAGAUUGAGAAACCACAAUUUUGCUCUGUUAAUCAAGGUUAGGUGAUUAGCCAUAAAUGAAACUUGUCUAGAAUGUGCUGCCGCUCUAGUAUACAGGAAAAUGGAGCUCAAUAUGAGAAUUGUCAGAGAGAAAUUUGCAGGCAAUAUGAUAUCUACUUAUCUAGUGAUCUUGCUGCACAAGGUUUUACUAAUAGUUGUACGGAGUACAAGUUUGUAAGUUUGGUUUAGGAUCAAAAUGUAUGUACUGUGAUGGCAUCGAGCUUCUUUUUGUUUUGUUGGUGUGGAAUCGAAUAGGCUUGUAGGCUCAACUUUAUUAUAGGAAAUGGAAAUGAGAAUGGUUGACAUUAUCUAAUUAUCUUGUACUUGGGUUUCCAAGAUUUGAGAGUUUUACCUCCAGAAAGUGGCUAUAAAGUAGUGGUUAGCCUUUAA